AUGGAUUUAACCAAACUUUUGCUGACGCGGAAGCAUUGGAGCUCCAAUUUUGCUCAAUUCUGGAGAAAUUUUGAGAGUAACGUAAAGCUCUCGAGGUUUGAUUCAGAGUACUCUCAUGGCAGUGGUGAAUCUAUGUCAAGUUACGAAGGAGAUGAGAGGCUUGAACUUCAACGUAAAACCUCAGCAGCGGUGGUUCAUGUUGAUUCUGAUGACGAGGAUGAUGAUUUCGACGAGGAUGACUCUGGAGCAGGCUCUGAUGAUUUUGAUCUGCUUGAGCUUGCGGAGACUGGUGCCGAGUUUUGUCAGGUUGGGAACGUGACUUGUAGCAUUCCUUUUGAGCUUUAUGAUCUCUCUAGUCUCGAAGAUAUACUCUCUGUUGAUGUUUGGAACGAGUGUCUCACUGAGGAAGAACGGCUCAGCCUCUCGAGUUACCUUCCUGACAUUGAUCAGCUCACGUUUAUGCUUACCCUGAAAGAGCUUUUCGAGGGUCGUAAUUUCCACUUUGGCAGUCCGAUCAAGAAACUGUUUGGCAUGUUGAAAGGUGGGCAGUGCGAGCCCAGGAACGCGCUUUAUCUCGAGGGUCGUAGUCUGUUUCUAAGAACAAAACAUUAUCAUUCCUUGAGGAAGUAUCACAAUGACAUGGUCGUGAAUCUCUGUCAGACGAGGGAUGCUUGGGCGAGUUGUAAAGGGUACAGCAUCGAUGAGAAGCUCCGUGUCCUGAAUAUCGUCAAAAGCCAAAAGACUCUGAUGCGUGAGAAAAAAGAUGAUUUUGAAGAGGAUUCAUCGGAGAAGGAGGAGCCUUUUGAUGGGCUUUGGAGCAGAAAGGUCAAAGAUAGGAAGUCUGCGCAGAACAAAGUGGCGCGUCACUCUGGUUAUGGUGUUGAUUCAGGUGUGGAAUUUCAUAGCCGGCGGCAGCUUUCUGCUGCAGAGCAGGAUAGAUAUGGCAAACCAAAGUCGAAGUCGAAGACGGCAACACUGAAGUAUCCUUUGGCUAAAACGUCUGUUGGGCCAUAUGCUUCAGGCUAUAAUGGGUUAGGUGUGAACUCUGCAUACAACACCUCUUCUCUGGCUCGGAAGAAGUAUGGUUCAAGUUUGGCUCUUGGGUCAGAAGAUAAUAUUGAUGAUGAUGAUCAGGAUCCACUCUUUGGAAUGGGUUCUCGACGAGAUCGGGAUCUUAUUGUUAGAGAUAGAUCUGGGUUCUUGAAGCCUGGAAAGAAACAAAAGUUUUCAAGAGAGGGAGAACCGAUCUCUGAACAUUUCAUGGGUCCACCAUAUUCACCAAGGCAGUCCCACAGCAAUUUUGCAAAGUCAAGUAAAUAUGUAAAUUAUGCUCAGCCUCAUGCAUAUGCAGAUCAGAUGAAGCCUGUAAAAGGUAGUCUCCCAGACCUUCGUGGGGACGCCUAUCGGCAUGGGAAGAAUCACGGAGAUGGCCUUUCUGUUUAUCCCAGAUAUAUAUCUGAUGACUUGAAUGGUAAAAGCAAAAAGUUGAAGUCUGAGAGGAACUCACCUGAUACUAGUUUGAGAUCUUAUAGAGCUUCUAUGCAACAAAUGAACGAAAGGUUCUUGAAUUCUGAUUUUGGUGAGAACCAAGCGCAUGAAAAGAUUAGGGUGAAUGUGGUACCAAAUGCGAGGUCUGGUAUUACGGAAUUUAGAGAUAGCAGAAUGUUCAUGAGAAAUGAUGAUACAGAGUCGGAUUCAUCUGAGGGGUAUGAUGAUGGUGAGGAGAGAAAUCGCUUCAUACGGAACAAAUCAUCCGUCUCUGUUGGUAGGAUGAAUAAUGCUCACUUUCCAGUACUAAGAUCCGGACAAGAUAGUAAAAUGUUCAAAUCAAGAAAGAAAGAUAUGCGGGAGAAUGAAUUGCUUGAUGGACGUGGUGAUUACUUGAGAUAUUUAGGCGCACAUGGAGAACACAUCUAUGCGCCUGAGACAGAGAAGCAUUCCUUCAAGGCAAAACAAAAGGGUAAGAUGCGUGACAGGAGUCCCUUCUCUCGAGAUUUCGAAGAUGGCCCUGUCACAAGCUUGAGUGAGUUGAAGGACAGAAACAAGAGGAAGGAGUUAUUCAGGCCAAACAAGAGUAGCCAGACAAGAGAGCAAAUGACUGAUAGACAACGGUUUCAGAGACCAUCUGCAAAACCAAAUUUGUCUGGGAGAAAAAGAGGCUUUGAUGAAGAUGACGAAUCACCUGAGAUGAGAAGAUUGGUUAAUGAUAGUGGCCGAGGUCGACAUAGUAGGAAAUAUCAGGUCUAUGAGGGAGAUGGUAAUAGUGGUGAUGAAAUUUCAGAUGCCAGGUUGUUGGUUAAUUGCAGUACUUUAUCAAAGAAGAAGAAGGCUAGAGAGUCUUUGAUGGAUAUGGAGAGGAGGGAGGAUAAUGGUGAGCUGCAGCUUUAUUCUGACAUUCAACAGCCGGUUAAUGAUAUUAAUGCCUCAAAGAGAAAGGGGAAGAGGAAAAUGGAGGUUGAUGUUGAUUUUCUCGAUCUGGAAACCUCUGAAACACCAAAAACAGGAAAGGGUGCAAGUGAAGCAGAGGUGGAAACAAAGCCUCAGAAGAAGCCAUUUGUGUUGAUCACACCAACAGUUCACACUGGCUUCUCUUUCUCCAUUAUACAUCUUCUCACAGCAGUGCGUAUGGCGAUUACAACUUCGCGUCCUGAAGAUUCAUUAGAUGUUAGCAAGCCUAUGGCAGUGGAGAAUGCAGAACACGAAGCUGUAGAAAAUGGUGCUCCCAUGUCCAAGGAUGCAGAGGAUAACAAAUCGCCACAGCAGGGAAGUGGGAACUUGCCAUCCCGCACUAUCCAGGAGAUUGUUAGCUGUGUGAAGUCAAACCCGGGAGAUCCUUGUAUCCUGGAGACACAAGAGCCGCUUCAGGAUUUGAUUAGAGGAGUUCUGAAAAUCUUCUCCUCGAAAACCUCACCUCUAGGGGCAAAGGGUUGGAAGCCGCUUGUAGCAUUUGAGAAGUCCACGAAAAGCUGGUCUUGGAUUGGGCCUGUUCUAAGCCCUUCUGAUCAAGAAACUGUUGAAGAAGUAACAUCGUCUGAAGCCUGGGGUCUCCCGCACAAGAUGCUUGUCAAGUUGGUUGAUUCAUUUGCAAAUUGGCUGAAAAAUGGUCAGGAGACUCUUCAGCAAAUCGGGAGUCUUCCCGAACCACCACUGUCACUCAUGCAGUGUAACCUUGACGAGAAGGAAAGAUUUAAGGAUCUGAGAGCCCAAAAGAGCCUUAGCACAAUUACCCACAGUUCCGAAGAAGCAAGAGCUUAUUUCCGCAAAGAGGAGUUUCUGAGGUACUCAAUUCCGGACAGAGCCUUUGUGUACACGGCUGCUGAUGGUAGGAAGUCGAUUGUUGCUCCUUUGAGAAGAGGCGGAGGGAAGCCAACCUCGAAAGCUCGGGAUCAUUUCAUGUUGAAACGUGAGAGACCGCCACAUGUUACAAUUCUGUGUCUUGUGAGAGACGCUGCCGCAAGAUUGCCUGGUAGUAUUGGGACAAGAGCUGAUGUGUGUACCUUAAUAAGAGACUCACAGUAUAUCGUGGAGGAUGUGACGGAUGCACAAGUGAAUCAAGUCGUGAGUGGGGCCUUGGAUCGUUUGCACUAUGAGCGGGACCCUUGUGUCCAAUUCGAUUCAGAUAGGAAACUGUGGGUCUAUCUACACAGAGACAGAGAAGAAGAAGAUUUUGAAGAUGAUGGUACUUCAUCCACUAAGAAAUGGAAGAGGCCGAAGAAGGAAGCUGCAGAGCAAACAGAGGAACAAGAAGCUGUCACUGUAGCGCUUCAUGGGGAUGACGAACAAACCGGGAUGGAGUUGGACUCAGACCAGAAGACUGUUGAGCCUGCUGGUUUAGACGGGGAUCAAGAAGCAGCAGACCAACUUUGUAAUGAGACUGAACAAGCUGCAGAGGAGGAGCAAGAUGUUGAAAACACUGCAAAGGGUCAUGAGACAACGAUGUGGGAGCCUCAUCCUGCUGUUGUUUCAUAUCAUGCGGAGGAUAAUACAUUUAUCUGCCAAGAGAACUCAGUGAAAACUGCAGAGUGUAGUUCUUUAACAGAAAGAGAGGCUAUGGAUUUGUAUAAAGACAAUUAAUUGGUUUGGUCUCAAAAUAUGUCAGAAGAGUGAGAUCACAACAAGGCUCUCUCACAAACAUGUUGAAAGGUUAUUCCUGUUGUUCCCAUGCCAUAUAUCUUUUUAUUUUGAAGAAGAAGAAAAAAAUGAAAUUAGUGGAAUUAUUGAAUGAUUAAACGUCAAUAUAUAAGCAUAGGGAAAAAAAUAAUGUUUCAUCAGGUGAACAUGAAAAUACAAAGGUGAUAUUCAUCUAAAACGGGUCGAUGAGAAAUCAGAAUUCGCUAUGAUGAUUGAUGACAUUCAUACAUACUAUUGCUCGUUAAAGAGAUGGACAAAGCACAAUACAAAUGAAUUUGUGUGGAUAUUUCAUGUCAUUUUCAUUUUCAUGGUUUGUAUAAGUUUAUAUUAAAUAUUUAAUAGUGUCAUGUGAAAUUUAGUGAUUGUGACAGCUCGGAACCGCAUAAAAGUUCAGGCAACGUGAGUAGCAGAGGCUUGUUAAUAAAAAGGUAGAAAAUUUC